GAUUGAUCACGUGACGAUCAUCACGUGGUAAAGGAGGGUCGCCUUGAAACUGUUAGACGUGACGUAAGCCAGGUAGACGUUGAAUUGCGAAGAGCGUAUAAAAGCAUCUUCUGCUUCAUUUUCGUCACAUUUGCUUCUAUUAUCGGAGAAGAAGGGUUUACUACAAGUUUAUCACAGCAAAUAAUUUUAAAAAUGAAAAAUUGGAUAAGUUUUGCCACCAUCAUCGUUUUUCUAAGUGCGAUGAUUGGUAGUUCAUUAUCGCGUGUGAUUUCUAAUAAAAGAACAAUUGGAAAUUCUGCUCAUCAAAACGUUUUUAGAAGAAUGAAACGAAGCGCCGAAUUUUUGAAAUUUCACAAGAAACCGCCAUCUUCUAUACGGUUGUUAGCUGGUUCGAAUCGUGUUUUGGAAUGUGAAGCCGGAGCUUCUCCAAGUCCGAUGAUAGUNAAAAAAGUAAGAAAGAGAGUUAUUAAUUACAAAAUCGGUAGCUCGGCAAGAAUUAAUUUAUGGACAACUAGAAUGUUGAAAACUCAAGGUUAUGAUGUGAGACUUAUAUGCCGUUCAGAAGGUUCUCCUACACCAAAAAUAACUUGGUUAGAUACCGAAGAAAAUCCUAUAAGUGAUAGUAACAAAUAUAAGGAAUCAUCUACCGAUGAAGUGAUAAAUGGUGAUGUGGAAUCAUAUACUAUUACUAUGGUCAAAUCUAGAUUAUAUUUAGAUUGCGUCACUCCGGAUGAUGCUGGAGAAUAUACUUGCGUCAUUGAAAAUGCUUACGAGAAGAAAAGUAAAAACGUGAAGGUGGAAAUUAUGGAAUCUGAAGAAGAUCUUUGUGUAGAUAAAGAGAUCAGUAGCUCGGCAAGAAUUAAUUUAUGGACAACUAGAAUGUUGAAAACUCAAGGUUAUGAUGUGAGACUUAUAUGCCGUUCAGAAGGUUCUCCUACACCAAAAAUAACUUGGUUAGAUACCGAAGAAAAUCCUAUAAGUGAUAGUAACAAAUAUAAGCUGAUGGAAAAUGGUGAUCUUAUUAUUUAUGAUUUAAAAUGGAAUGAUAUGGGCCAUUAUACAUGCUUGAGCGAGAAUAGUAGGGGUUCGGAUACAGCGGUUCUAUUUCUUUAUCCACUAUUGCCAGAAAAUAAAGAUAAAAGUUAAAAAGGAAUUAAGAAUUUUCUCUAAUGAAACUUCUUAAGUAUCAAUUUCGCAAAACAAAUACCUCGUGAUGUUUAAUUUAUUAUAUUAUAUUUUCAUCAUAUCUAAAACAUCAUAUUUUUCUUAUUUAAUUACUUAUAUAUAUAUUUGUCAUGUAUUUAAUCACAUGUAUUUUAUAUUUUUAUGAUUUUAAUAAAUUUUUUUUUUCUACGUG